AUGGCGACAGCUGUGCCGACGCCGUCUCGGACGGAAAUCAUCGCACUUUUCCGGUCGCUUCUCCGUUCAGCUCGCCAGUUUCCUGACUACAACAUCAGGGAGUACACAAAACGCCGUACAAUUGAUGCUUUUCGUGACAACAAGACUCUAUUGGAGCCGUCAUCAAUCGCUGCCGCCUUUACCGACGGCAAGUCUCAGCUUCAGGUUGCCAAAAGACAAGCUGUUGUUUAUUCACUCUACGCCCCGAAGAUCAAAAGUAUCAUGGAUAUCAAACACUGA